AUGGCCGUCGUCAACAUCCGCCGCGACGUCGAGGACAAGUUCUACCGCUACCGCAUGCCGCUCCUCCAGACCAAGAUCGAGGGCCGCGGCAACGGCAUCAAGACCGUCAUCCCCAACAUGUCUGAGAUCGCCCGCUCCCUCAGCCGCCCGCCCACCUACCCGACCAAGUUCUUUGGUUGCGAGCUCGGCGCCCAGACGAGCUUCGACGACAAGACCGACCGCUACAUUGUCAACGGCGCCCACGAGGCGCCGCGCCUGCGCGAGCUGCUCGACGGCUUCAUCGACAAGUUUGUCCUGUGCGGCAGCUGCAAGAACCCCGAGACGGCGCUCAAGAUCACAAAGGACGGCGACGUGCUGCGCGACUGCAAGGCGUGCGGCAAGCGCACCGGCGUCGACAUGAAGCACAAGCUCACCACGUUUAUCAUCAAGCACCCUCCGCCCAAGAAGGCCAAGGGCACCAAGGGCGCCGGCAAGGCGGGCGGCCAGGACGCCGGCGACGGCGGCGACGGCAGCGACGACGAGCUGACCAAGCGCAUCAAGGCCGAGGCCGCCGAUAUCCCCACGGCCGAGCAGCGCGCCGCCAAUGGCGGCGGCGACGACGACUGGUCGGUCGACACGAGCGAGGAGGCCGUCGCCGCGCGCGUCAAGGCGCUCGAGGGCAACAUGAAGACGUCGCUCGUGCUCGGCGACGACGAGGACGAGGAGGACGAGGAGAGCCCGUACGGCAUCUUUGGCCAGUGGCUCCUCGACAACCGCAAGGGCGGCGAAGAGGGACGUGAAGCCACGCCCGCCGAGGUGUACAAGAAGGCGCAGGAGCUCGGCAUCGACAAGAAGCACAAGGCCGUCCAGGUCCUCUUCCAGGGCCUUUUCACCGAGGACGCGCCCCAGGAAAUCGAAAAGUACGCCGCCGUGCUGGUCAAGAUGGUGACCAGCGAAAAGCACCAGAAGUCGCUGCUGGGCGGCCUGGAGCGGCUGGCGGGCGUCCAGUACCCGUCGCUGGUGCCCAACGGCGUGCCCAAGAUGCUCAUGCAGCUGUACCAGAUCGACGUGCUCGACGAGGAGUUUGUCAAGAGCUGGGGCACCCACGUCAGCAAAAAGUACGUCGACAAGGACACCUCAAAGAAGGUGCGCCGCGCCGCCGCGCCCUUCCUCGAGUGGCUCGACCAGGCCGAGAGCGACGACGACGACGACGACGACGACGACGAAGACACCGAGGGCGAGGCAAAGGCCAACGGCGCCAAGAAGGCCGGCGACGACGCCGACGACGACAGCGACCUCGACGAUCUUUGA